AUGGCCAUGGACGUUAAUACGGAAUUGUCUGCGUUGAUAGACAACGGCUCGUCGCUGUUCGACGCCACUAGUUAUUCGAUAAUGGACGCUGAGCUGGGCGGAGGUCUCGACGAUGGCGACGACGCCGACGCUGCCGUCGAUUGGUUCUUGACACUGACUCUGGUCGUCAAGACUUUCCUGAUGGGACUCAUCAUUGCCGCCUCCAUUUUCGGCAACCUGCUCGUCAUCAUUAGCGUAGCGCGCUUCCGCAAAUUGCGCAUCAUCACCAAUUACUUUGUCGUGUCGCUGGCCAUGGCCGACAUCCUGGUGGCACUCGUCGCCAUGGGGUUUAACGCCAGCGUCAUCAUCUUCGGCCAAUGGAUCUUUGGCUACGCCAUGUGUGAUAUCUGGAACAGUUUCGACGUCUACUGCUGCACCGUCUCCAUUCUGCACCUGUGCUGCAUCAGCGUUGACCGUUACUACGCCAUCUCACAGCCGCUCAUGUACCCGAUGAAGAUCACCCGCAAGAAGGUGGCCGUCAUGCUGGCCAACAUCUGGACUUGGCCGGCACUCAUUUCCUACCUGCCCAUAUUCCUCGGAUGGUAUACGACGGAAGAACAUCAACUUUACCGUGUGCAGAAUCCCAACACUUGUCGAUUCGUCGUCAACAAAGUUUACGCCCUCAUCUCCUCCAGCAUCUCCUUCUGGAUUCCCUGCGCCAUUAUGCUUUACACGUAUUACCGCAUCUACGAAAUGGCCUCUAGACAGGAAAAGAUGCUGCUCAAGAACGCCGACGCCGCCCUGUUGUUUCGCCAGCAAAACCAGCGUCGCAGUGCCGAGAUGGAGCAGCACCAAAUCCACCACAUGCAACAGCAGCAGAUUAAUCAGGAUCCCGUCUCGACGGCGGCCACUGCAGUCGUAAAUUCGGCUGUUAACGGACCCAACAAUACGGUGAUUGUUUUGCCGGCUAUCCAGGUGACCAAACCGGAUGUCUUGCUGGAAACAAACGGCAAAUCGCCGCAACAAAACGGCAGUGCACAAAUUUCCACUUCGAUUUCUUCUUCACCGCCGCCACCCCAGCCGGAAAACAAGAGGAUCAGCGCGGGUGAUCGGAGCGCUUUGCUGGAAGGAUCGUCGGACACAUGUCGGUACCAGUGUCGAGACGACACGUGCAGCAACACACCGACCAUCAGCAAAGACAGCAAACACCUGCAGAAGAUCAGACGAGAGCACAAGGCGGCCCGGACGCUGGGCAUCAUUAUGGGGGCUUUCGUGCUGUGCUGGUUGCCGUUCUUCAGCUGGUAUAUGUCCGUCACCUUGUGUGGUGACCUCUGCUACUGUCCCGACAUCGUCGUUGAAGUCCUCUUCUGGAUCGGCUAUUUCAAUUCGACCCUCAAUCCGCUUAUCUACGCCUACUUCAAUAAGGAUUUCCGGGAAGCCUUUCGCAACACACUGGUUUGUGUGUUUUGCACGCGCUGUCAAGACCCCCGGGAGCAGCAGCGUGACCAGCAGGCGGCCCUCGGCUUUCACCACCAACAGCAGCACGGCAAAAACAACAUGGGGCGACUCAGUGUGGCUUCUGCCGAGAAUCAGACGAGCAGGACGAUCAGGCAUUCCAGCGGCGACACCAUCGCCGGCAUUGAGCGGAUCGAGCACAAGCGACUGACCGGCGUUGCUGUCGAGAACCUUUAGAAAAUAUUUCGGGAUUAGACGACUUAUAAAAAUCAAACGGACAACAUCACCAAAACAGAAAAAAAACAAAACGUAAAGAGCUUAUAAUUUAUUUCAUGUCGAAAAAUCUAUUUGUUCGAUAGUGUGUGCAAAGACUUCCGCCUGCGCUUCUCUCGUCGUGUAAAAUUUGCUAAAAGAAAAAAAAAACAUAAUUUAAAAAGGCUUUGAAGGCAUUUUGUGUUCGACAUCCGUUCAUUCGUUACGUCACCCGUUUCUUUUAUUGAUUUUACGUUGUUGAUCCGACACCAUUCCCAUUUAUUUGUGUCUUCGACUUUGACCCUCGGCAAUUGUUGGUACUAAAUUACAGGGACCCCAAAAAACUUUUGUAAAUAUUAGAUAACAAAGGAGAGGAAGAGAAAGAUUUUCCCAGUGAUGUGUCGAUCCGGGUUCGCGUCACGCAAAAAAAGCUUAAUCUGUACGAUAUAUUUUUUCAAUGUUUUUAAACAAGGUUAACACAUCACACGUUUUAUACACGCCCCAAAGACGAUGGUUCACGUUUUUGAUUUACUUAAAAAAUAAAGACAAAAAAAAGUUAACUAGUUACCUAAUCAAAUUUAAAAAGUUGGGGAAAGAAACGCGCUUAUAUUUAUCGACAUAUAUGACGAUAUAUUUUCGAAUCAAAGGGAUAUUAUAAAACACACCGAUAUUAUUAUUACUGUGCAGCGUAACGUUGGUGUGUGAAGUGAGCUGUCGUCUGUUGAUCGUUAACUGAAACAAAUGUUACCCAAAAAAGCAAAUGUGGCAAUUCAAGUGUGCUGAAUAAGAGGAAGAAUAACGAGUUUUAAUAGUCAUAGGUUCUUUCCCAAACGCAUUCGACUAUAAAAGACACAAAUGACGAUUAAUCUCUCUUUUCCACCUGUUUCUCCGCCUUUUUCUAAGUUUUUGUAUUUCCCUCCUAAACCGAUUGAAUUGAAACAAGAAACUUAGCCCAACCGAGAAAACAGAAAUUCGUCUAAAUGAGAACUGGGCCACUUGUAAUACAAUAUUGUGUCUGUGUGUGUAUGUAACGCACAUAUCCCUCCCACACCAUUCUAGUCAAUUGUUUUCCCUUUUAUACACACUGCGAAACUAACAUCUGACGAAACAUCACGCUCUAAAUUGGCGCUAUUGUUCCCACGGAUUCAAUUGUUCGAAUAAAUAUUAAUACCGUAUUAUUCGAUCCUCGUCUAUCUCAAAACAAAAUAUACCACACCCAACAACAAACAAAAAACUUCAAAUGAAAAAAAAAAAGUGAAUAAAAUAAUAAUUUUUUCGAUGGUUAUUUAUAAUGCGUAACACCUCUCCCCUCUUGGUAUCUAAUGUUGUGAUUUCAUUUUUCAUCAUCGAUGCUGACAUGAUUUCUCUCUUGUUUUCAAAUUGUGUUUUCGACCCCAUACCCCCAGAUAUGCCCCGGUCCUCCUCUCACGUGAUGAAAAAUGAUAUGACCCGCGGUCUCGCUGCCGAUACCAAAAAAAAAUGAAAUGGAACUGGGCGAGUUUCUAGCCCGCAUACAUUUACAUAGCGAUAUUAUUAUAUGAUACACCUCUGUACAUGAUUCCGUGUCUUCUAUUUCUAUAUAUGAAUAUGAUGUAUGUGUAAAUAUUACAAGUAACGUCUAUACUAUGA